UCAUUUGUGCCCCGGCUUUACGAUAGUCAUGUUCACGUCGCAUCGCAUCGGAUUCAAAUCCAAUUGAAUUGUUCCUUUUACAAUCUGUUAGUCGAUUUUUUCGCUUUCCCUUAGUUUUUAGUGAUGAUUAAAUGAUCAAAUGUUCAAGUAGUGUGCUUGCCAAUAUAUUGAAAUAAAAUACACACACUAACUUGUUCCUUCCGAAAUAUAAAUAAAAUUUUAACGUGCCACAUGUGUGUGCAUCUAUGAUGUUUGUGUUUAUGUGUGGUAUUAUACUGAUUAAUAACCAUUGUCCAGUUUAAAAUUCUGGACUCAUUGUGAUUAAUCAUCAUCAAAUUUUGUGAAUGUGCGUUGUGUUUAUUUAUUUUUGUUAAUUAAUUGAAUCGACAUUUGAACAUUUCAAACUUUAUUUUGAUUUCAAAGUUUGGCGCCAAAAUUACCCUGCACCUUCAAGUACAAAGUUUUGUUUGUUUGUUUUUUUCCUUGGCAUUUCAAGUGAUCAUGGAAUUUGAAUACAGCAAGAACCAUAAAAGUCUAGCCAGUUUGUUUGCCUUUAUAGAUAUUGAACGUAAUCUUGAUUAUCGAAUGUCAUCAUACAACAAAGGUUAUCAUCAUAAUAAGAAGCCAAACUACCGAACAAAUAUGAACAUUUUGAAUCCUAAUUUAUUGUUUUUAAAUAAACUUUGUAUCUGUCAAUUGUUUUUUAUUUCAACGGCAUUUAACUUUAUUCGUUGGCACUGAACACAACACACAAAGAAUUUUUUGUCUCUUAAAAUUUGAAACGGAAAUACAAAUUCACUGGCCUUUUCUCUCCUAAUUACAAUUGUCACUAUUUCACUUGAUAUAUCGUUAACUAUCUGAGAUUAUUCAAAUCUACGAUAACAAAAAAAACCAACCAACCAAACAUAACUACAAUCCUGUUGAUCUUUGAUACAGCGAAAUAAUUUACUCGCUCUAACAUUCACCAACAACAACCGAUUGCUCAGUUCAUCUCAUCCGGUUUUAUUUAUUCCACAUUAUAAUCAUCGAUCUGCAUCUCACAUUUCCUUUUAUUCGUCUGUUUAUCGGAAUACAAAAAAAAACGAUCCUCAAUGUGUGCUUGUAAUUGUCUUAGUUCAUAUAAAUUCCUAAAUUGCCACAGUUCGCAAUUACCCCAACAUCUUCAUCAUCCGAAUUGUGAACGAUAUAGUCGAUUAUCGUCUCAAUCAUCGGCAUCCUCCAGUCUGGCAUCAUCAACAGCUAGCCGUAGUAAUAGCGGCGCCAUUGCUGGAUUUGCCGAUUAUCAUUAUCAUCAUCCCCAUCAUCAUCAUCACCUUUUCCGUGGUGUCAAUGUUGGACUUGGUCAGCCGACAGCAGCAAUGGGCGUAGAAGAUCAAUUAUCAUCUGCAUCAUCAUCACCAUUAUCAUCGUCUCCCUAUUCUGCUGGCUCGUAUCUGAAUUCAGCACUGGGUGGCCAACAACAACAACAACAACAAUCAUUACGGGCUGCAUCAAACUCAAUUUCAGUACACGGUGGUUUACAAACUCGCAACGGUUCAAUACCAUUGACAAACGGCAUAUCAUCAAGCCCUAGCAAUCAACAUCACUUCAAUCCCUCUCAUCAUCGAAUGGUGAUAGAUUCCGAUACUGCAACAGCUGCCAACUGUAUACCAAAUUCAUUAUCGUCACAUAGUUUCAGCUGUAUGUUAGGACAUAAGACCUGUUCGAGCAGUAAUAACAACAAUAGUCAACAGCUAGGCUCGAGCUCACCCUCAUCGUCAUCAUCCAAGAAAAGUUUACGAAAAUCUAUCAGAAGAGUUGAAUCUAAUUCCUCAGCGGCCAGCUUAUCUGGAAGCAAUAAGAAUCCAAACGGUGGCAAUAACUCAACAAAUAUGAAUUCAUUGGGCCAAGGUCAACCGAAUCGUUUUUUGCCCUCAUUAUUCACACCACCAACGCAAUAUUAUCUGGGCACCAUACAUCAAAUGUUAUUUAACCAAGCCACAUCACCUUCAUCAUCAAAACAAAGACAUUUAUCUCCAUCGUUGAAUAACAACAACAAAAUCAAAUCCUCAAUGAAUACGAAUCAUCAUCAUCAUCAUCAUCAUCAUUAUAAUAACAACAAUCACAGCCGUGAUCAUCGGUUGAGUGCCUCGUCCACCACCACCACUUCAUCCUCCACGCAACAACCAACUUCCACCGUUAUGCCAAAUUCGUUUCAAACCAAGGAACGAACAUCGAUGAAGCCUCCAGCAACGCCUACUACUGACAAUCCUAUCAUGGUCUCACAUCAUUCACCAACAUUGAUGCAGCCUCCAUCGUUGCCACCCCCAUCAUCAAAUGGCCGAGAUGUGCAUAACAACAACAACUAUGUUCGACCACGUGAAAUGUUUGAGAAGAAUUACAACGUAAGCAACAUACUUGGACGUGGUGGCUUUGGCACCGUUUAUGCCGGUAUCCGAAUCCGUGAUGGAUUGCCUGUUGCAAUAAAGCAUAUCAAACGUGAUAAUGUCACCAGUUGGGAGCAAUAUAAUGGCCGGCCGGUACCUAUGGAAGUAAGCUUAUUGGAAAAGGUUGGCCACAUAACGGGCGUGAUCCGUAUGUUGGAUUGGUAUGAAGAUCAAUCGGCCUUUAUCAUCGUCAUGGAACGACCCGACAAUGUUAAAGAUUUGUUCGAUUUCAUUACCGAACGUGUUGUGCUUGAAGAACGUAUGGCACGUUUAUUUUUCCGUCAAGUUGUCGAAAUUAUUAUUCUAUGCCAUAAAGCUGGCGUCUGUCAUCGUGAUAUUAAAGAUGAGAACAUACUCGUCGAUUUACGAACCAUGUCUAUCAAACUGGUCGAUUUCGGUUCCGGUGCCUAUCUCAAAGAUUCAGCUUAUACCGAUUUUACUGGUACACGUGUCUAUUCUCCACCCGAGUGGAUUAAAUCAAGCCGUUACGAUGGACUAGCCGCCACAGUAUGGUCUUUAGGUGUGUUGCUUUACGAUAUGGUCUGUGGCGAUAUACCAUUUGAUGAUGAUGAGGCUAUAAUCGGCGGUGUGUUACGAUUCAAACGAAAUGUCACCUCCGAAUGCCAGGAUUUAAUAUUCAAGUGCCUAUCAUACAAUGCAAAAGAUCGUCCCACGUUAGAAGAAAUCCUUGUGCACCCUUGGAUGGGUGCCAAAUUAGAUUCAUCAUCCACAUCUAUUGGUGUCGAUAUCCCAUCAAUGGAUAAUUCAUCCAGUCAAAUAUCGGCCAAUGGUGUUGCACAUCAUGGUGGUGGUCGUCGUUCAAUGCAGAUGAUGCAUUUUUCUUCCGCAUCGGUUUCCGGACCCGAAUCAUCCACAUCAUCAUCAUCGUCAUCAUCACCGGAAACUCCGCCUGGAUCAUUGUUUUAAUGACAAUUUCACAUAACAUCACUGAUUCAUCACCCAUCCGAAUUAUCUCAUCAUUCUCUUUCGUUGCUCUUAUAAAUAAAUAAUGUAUCUGCAACCUAGACAAAUAAAUCAACAAAUUCGACCUGAAAAGUACGACUCCCCUCUUUUUGUUACACAUUCAUAUUGAUAUCAUACACAAAAAUCGAUGCCAUUUCCCACUAUUUAUUGUGCUCUCUUUUCCCCUAGUUUUCAACAAACGAAAUCGUUUCUAAUUUAUUUUUCUCACUUUGCAAUGAUGACCAAUUCACUUCAUUUAUUUAUUGAAAUAUCAUCAUUCUCUUAUUUGAGACAAUUCAUAGGCCCUCAUUGGUUUCCAAUCACAAUACAAACAUUUGUCAAUAUUAUUUAUUCUCUUCUCACACCAUUCAAAUGGCUCAACUUUUCUUAGUGUAACACACUUGGUUUCCACACACACACACACACACCCACAUCCAUCUCUAUGUCUAUUAUCAUGUUUAUUAUCAUUUCGAAUUUCUGAUUGAUUAUUGUUUCGUGCUGGGCAUCCAAAAUCGUCAUAUUUUUUCAUGUACAUUUGUGUGUGUGUGUUUGUUUAUUUGUCUAUUUAUUUUCAUCAUUCAUUGUCGUUAUCGGCAUUAUCCAUCCUCCUCCUUUAUUUAUUCAGCCUAAACAUCAACACCUAGAUGAAAUAUUCUUUCAUUUCUCUUUUUGAUACGAGCCUAUUUAUCAUUUCAUUCAUUCGAUUUAUUUAAUAUAUAAACCACAAGAUGAUAUUCAUUCUCCCCUUCCACAAUGUGUACAGACACCAAUUACAAAUUGACUUGAUGAUCAAUGUAUCGAGUCUCAUCGAAAAUCCAAUGUUCAAAAAGUAACCUGGCACAAACAGUACAAAAAGAAAACAGCCAUCUAACAACAACAAUCAUCAUUGCAACCCUUCUGAGAUUCACUUUAUAACAUGAAAUUUAUUAAUGAUAUGAUAUCCAGAAUCAAAUGAACUUGUUCAUAAAUAAUUGAUUGUGGAUAUGUGAGAAGCAAAAGUACACACACACACACACACCAUACCCAGUGCUUAAAAUGUUUCAUUUGGCCUGUGUUUUUUUUUUGUUUGUUUGUUUGUGUAUUCUACCAAUUAUUUACAUUCUACAUUUAUUUAUGAUUAUUAUCUUUAUAUGAUGAUGAUGAUGAUGAUGAUACAAAUUAUUUCUAUUAUACACACAUGUCCCUUCCUUUUUAUAUAUAUACUAAUUUUCUUGCUUGAGAAGUUUCUAAACUUCAACCAAAUGAUGCAGUUAUCACUUAUGAAUUAUUAUUAUCAAUUAUAAUUAAUUGAAAUCCAAAUGGUUAACAAACAAAUCAACAAUUCAAAAUACACAUAUAAAAAUCGUCAAUCAAUCUCCGCUUUCCUCACAUACACACACAAAUCUCUAUUAGAUAACAUCCCAAUAAUUCACAUUGUGGUUCAAAACCAACACAGAUUAUGUAAUAUUCUCGUCCAACCUGUUCCCCUUCUCUGCCUCUCUCUCUUUCUUUCUCUUCAUCACACAAAGUGAAAAUCUGGCUUUCUUCCAUCAUCAUUAUCGUACACCAUGUUUGUAAAAAAAAAAUCCUACUCGUUUUUUUCUAUCAAAUUUUUUUCGGCAAAAUUUUCUUGGAAAAAAUCUGCUAUACUAGUCAAUCAAUAAUUAAUAAAUCAUAAUUUUUUCUUGUUUGAAAA